AGGAGGACGAAGCCGAAGGAGAGUGUCGUAAAGUGGGAUGUUUUGGAGUGGGGAGGUCAUUGGAAAGUGAGGUUGUUCUGUACGUUUUGGGGAGAACAAACCGCCACCGCUACCACAGGUAUCAGAUAUUCUGAUGCCAGAGUAGCCUUACUCCAAUCCAGCGUAGUUUUACAGAACACAUCACGUCCAAAAUGUUGCGUUUAGCGCUGCGAGUGCGCCCAUCUGCCAGGCUCACCCGGCCCAGUGUCCUCUCGGGCCCUGCUGCUGCUCCUGCUGCCAGUCCUCGACCCGGACCAGUGUCCUGCCAUCAUCUCAAACGGUACCACUCCAGCGGGCCUGCCCGGAUCCGGAGCUCGUGUCACGGUCGGCGAGUCUGCAACAGCAUCCUCAGUAACAGAUCAUGGGUGCUGAGAAGCCAAACGGCCGCUUUCAGUCAGAGCAUGAGAGUCUACAGCCUGCCGCCGCAUCAGAAGGUGGAACUACCUGCUUUGUCCCCCACAAUGCAGAUGGGCACUAUUGCUCGCUGGGAGAAGAAGGAAGGUGACAAAAUCAAUGAGGGAGAUUUGAUUGCUGAGGUUGAAACAGACAAGGCUACAGUUGGAUUUGAAAUUCUGGAAGAGUGCUAUCUAGCCAAGAUCCUGGUUGCAGAGGGUACAAGAGAUGUGCCCAUUGGAGCGGUCAUUUGUAUUACUGUUGACAAACCUGAGCUCAUCUCAUCAUUCAAGGACUUUACAUUGGAUAAAAUCGCUAGCUCCGCCCCUGCUGCUGCAGCCCCUCCCCCUCCAGCCACACCCACUGCUGCUCCUUCAGCCCCACAAGUACCUGGAAGCUCCUACCCGCCUCAUAUGAAGGUGCUUCUUCCAGCUCUCUCCCCCACCAUGACUAUGGGCACCGUGCAGCGCUGGGAGAAGAAAGUGGGUGAGAAGCUGAGCGAGGGAGACCUGCUGGCUGAAAUCGAGACCGAUAAGGCAACAAUCGGUUUUGAGGUUCAGGAGGAAGGCUACCUGGCCAAGAUCAUGAUUUCUGAGGGCACCAGAGAUGUUCCUCUCGGCACUCCUCUCUGCGUUAUCGUGGAAAAGGAAUCGGACAUUAGUGCAUUUGCAGACUAUGUAGAGACAGGGGUUGCUGCAAGCCCACCUCCCGCUCCCACACCGGUGGCCACUCCACCACCAGCAGCAGCUCCAGCAGCUCCCAUCCCAACCCCUGCUGCAGCUCCUGCCGCUCCUGCUGCUGCUAGGAAGGGAAGGGUGUUUGCCAGUCCCUUAGCCAAGAAACUGGCGGCUGAGAAAGGAGUUGACAUCACUCAAGUCACUGGAACUGGACCAGAUGGCAGAGUCACCAAGAAAGAUAUUGACAGUUUUGUUCCACCUAAGCUCACUCCUGCUGCAGCUGCUGCCCCGUCUGCACCCACACCCAGCCCUCCUGCUGCCCCUGCUUACGCUGCUGUACCUACGGGAACCUUCACCGAUGUCCCUAUCAGCAACAUCCGCAAAGUGAUCGCCCAGAGGUUGAUGCAGUCAAAACAGACUAUUCCUCACUAUUAUCUGUCUAUCGAUGUCAACAUGGACCAAGUUCUUGAACUCAGAAAAGAACUCAAUGCUGAGGUGAAAGCUGAAAACAUCAAACUCUCGGUCAAUGACUUCAUCAUCAAGGCCUCGGCUCUAGCCUGUUUAAAGGUGCCUGAGGCCAAUUCCUCUUGGAUGGACACAGUCAUCAGACAAAAUCACGUGGUGGAUGUUAGUGUGGCGGUCAGCACGCCUGUGGGUCUCAUCACUCCCAUUGUAUUUAAUGCUCAUAUUAAGGGCCUUGCAAAUAUCAGCAAAGACGUCUCCGCAUUAGCUGCUAAAGCACGAGAUGGGAAACUACAACCACAUGAAUUCCAGGGUGGAACCUUCACUAUUUCCAAUCUGGGCAUGUAUGGCAUCAAGCAUUUUUCAGCUAUCAUUAAUCCUCCUCAAGCCUGCAUUCUGGCAGUGGGCGGAUCAGAAAAGAGACUGCUGCCUGCAGACAACGAAAAAGGGUUUGACGUGGCUAACAUGAUGUCUGUGACUCUGAGCUGCGAUCACCGGGUGGUUGAUGGUGCUGUUGGCGCUCAGUGGCUGGCAGAGUUUCGCAAGUUCCUAGAGAAACCGUUUACCAUGCUUCUGUGAGCGGGCGCUUUUAAAAUGCGUUCCAGCCCAUAAAAACAAUGGACUGUAAGAUUUGGAGAGGUGUCUCGCUCUCUCUCAUUGGUUAUAUGCUCUCCCUGGGAAAUCCAACAGGCAGUUCUCUCUCUCUCCACUUUUAUUUUUAUUUUUCUUCUCACUCUCAUACUCCCUAUCAAACGCUGUAUUUUUACAACAUUGCUUCCGUAAGCCUGAAGUAACCUCUCAACCCAAAGUCGUGAGUCAUUAUUAAGGUCAUUUUCUGGAGUUUCAGGGGAUAAUGGCGGACAUAGGGUUUCCGUUUUUGUUUCAGGAUGUUGUUACAAGCACCGUAAGUAUGUUUGCCGUUUGAUCAAAAAUAACGAUUGUGUCCAAAUCUCAUGGUUUGGUUAAUUACACAUUUAUUGGCACAAUAUCCUUUCUGUAUGACGAAAAAAGGGAUGAAAUCUGGAGGUGCGUGUGCCAAAUAUUAUCCGACUACAAUUGGAAUUUGUUUGCCAUGAUAUUCAGAGGAUAUUUUUCUUUUCUGUAUUGAUGCAUAGGAGUCGUACAUAUGGUCUGUCACUCCCUGAGUUUGAUAUCUAGGGUAUAAAUGAUGUUUUUGCUGACUGUGGAGCAGGGUUUUGAUACAGGCAGUUUUAUUUAUUACAUCUCUCACUCCAGACAAAGCACAUUAGUGCCUUUGCUCCUGUUUAUUAUUGCACCUAGGUUUUUCUUUUUAAAUGGUGGCAUAUUUUCAAGUCGUUCUUAAAUAACGCACAAUUCAUGGGGUGAACUGCUGUUAUCAAUAAACUUAUGGAGAAACAAAAGAACAGUUCCCAAAUGGAGUGAAACACUAGGCUGGAUAUAUAUUUAUAUCUUGUAGAAAGUAAUGGUUUGUUCAAGCUAGGGAUGUGUAUUGGCAUGGUGUCAGUGCCAUUUGGACAAACAGGGAGUCAAACUUUUUUCCAUGAGGGAAAAAUAAGACCAAGAUUCCAUCAAUAAUUAAUUUGACAAAAAAAGAGAAGGAAUAAAGAAAAAAAGAAACUAAAA